GCCGAGCAGACACAAGAGCCAGGGACAGCUGUGGAAGCUGCAAUUGCUGAAGAAAUCGCGCCGGAGCCUGUCGACAGCACCGGAGCAACACACAUGGAGUGCAACGUCGAUGGUGCAACUGGUUCAACUGGCGGGCAGGAGAUGGACUCCCGCCGUGCAUGGAGGAAGACUCGUGUGAGCCGAAAGCAGUGGCGAUCUUUCCGGCCUGACGAAAAUUGA